AGAAACCCUAGCCGCAGUGAGAGAGAGAAGAGAGGGUAGCAGAUUCGGCGGAAAUGACGACCAGAUUCAAGAAGAACAGGAAGAAGAGAGGUCACGUCAGUGCCGGACAUGGACGUAUCGGAAAGCACCGUAAGCAUCCCGGAGGUCGUGGUAACGCUGGAGGUAUGCAUCACCACAGGAUCCUCUUCGACAAGUACCAUCCAGGUUACUUCGGUAAAGUUGGUAUGAGGUACUUCCACAAGCUGAGGAACAAGUUCUUCUGCCCAAUCGUUAACCUCGACAAGCUCUGGUCACUCGUACCUGAAGACGUGAAGGCGAAAUCAACCAAGGACAACGUUCCGUUGAUCGAUGUGACGCAGCAUGGUUUCUUCAAGGUUUUGGGGAAAGGUCAUUUGCCAGAGAACAAGCCGUUCGUUGUGAAGGCGAAGCUCAUUUCGAAGACUGCUGAGAAGAAGAUUAAGGAAGCUGGUGGCGCUGUUGUGCUUACUGCUUAGGUUUGGUGAAUUUUUUAAAAUUUGCUUGACUCUUUGUUUUUGAAUCUUCUCUGGAGUUUUGUUAUCUUUUGUUGUCUUUUGGAUUUUGGAUCAGAGAGAGAGAGAGAGAUCUCUUUUAAAGUUUAGUAGUUUUAUGAACCUCUUGUUGGAUUUUGAUAAAUGCUUGUUAUUCCGAAUUCAGAUUUGGUUUCACAUU